AUGCCGUCCCAUCUGCCCUCUCCUCCCUCCUCACGUUCAACCUCCCCUGACGGCAGCUCCAGCAGUCAACCCCAGCUUGUCCAAGCAGAGCAAGUUGAACCACAACACCAGUCCAAGGACGAAGAAUCCUCCGGGGCCAACCUCCUCUCAGACCGCCUAGAUGCGCUUCUCGUAUCCUAUCUGACCAUUCUGGACACCUACACUAACCUUCGCGCCCAGCUUUCCAGGGACCUCUCGGGGGGAUUCUUUGCGCUGGCACAAGCAAAUCGGAAUGCGAAUUCCACCUUGGGCGUGGGGAGAAGGUAUGGUGAGGAAGGAUUUGACGAGAGGAUGAAGGCUGCGAAGGUGGUGAAGAUCCAAGAGACGGGGAACACAAGGCUGCCUGAGAGCUACAACGAAAAGGAACAAGAGGAAGUGGAAGAACAUGCUCCUGUACAGAAGAACGGCUGCGAAACGGGGAAUGGCAAGUCUGGAGAUGAACGCACGGCAGCGCAAGGGAACAAAGAGGAUAUGGAAAAGCCCACAGGUGAUUCAGAGGAGUAUAUCCAGCAGUCAGCGACUGCUCCCUACUGCUUUUCGGUCUCAUCAUUGGCGUCAAACUUGACCAAGGACCCCCUCAAAUGGUAUGGCAUCCUCAUCCCAACGGCUCUACGCACAUGUCAAAGCCACUUCGCCACAACCAUAUCCUCGACCAUCCCUGAAAUUCUAAACACCACAUCUGCAAUGCGAGGUUUGGAAGAGGAGAUAUGGGCUGUCCGACGCCAGUUGGGUAUUGUUGACAAUUACGAGACUGCCAAUAUCGACGAGCUUGAAAAGAAGGAUGGCGACAACAUUGAAAGCAACACAACAGUAUCCAGGACGGCGGGAGAUCGAGAUUCGGAGAGUCUUCUGUCGAAUCCCACAAUACCGUCUCCAAAAUCCCAAAUACCACAGGCGAAGAAAUCGUCUUCAUUAUUGUCCACCUCUCCGCCCAUGGCAAACCUGCGAACUGGAUCCAGAGUUCUAAAGCUUGAUUGA